GUCACACAGCACACAAACGGGAUCCAGUAAGCGACGCCGAUGACAUAACUGCAAAGCCAAUUCCCUCGUAAUUACGCAAAGCAAUUCGAAAGAUCUUUCAAAAGAUCCACACAGCUCCUUCAAACCCACGACGGCGCGACAGAGCCCUACCCUCUCUUCCUUGACGCAGCCAAUCAUAUCUCUUUCUCAGACGCUCAGCUUUCCGUCUUCUUUACUGAAAUCUCUCAGAUUGAGAUACAUAGAUCCAUGGCAUAGCGUUGACUCUGCUUGUGUUGUAACCUCUAUUCUCUUCCCAAUUGAAUAAAGAUUUGUUCGCUCGAGAAUAGCUUCUUUGAUUUGCUUGCUAGACCCACUCCAACAGAAGUUUCUUCACUGAACAUGGAAAUCGAGGAUUUGAGUGGCCUACCUACAUCUGGUGACUAUGACUGUGGAAGCGAGAACAAUGAACUUCACAAUUCUAACUAUGAGCCAAUUGAUCUUCACCCUACAUAUUCUGAGAAUAAAGAAGUCAAACUACAUAGCGAAAAUCAUUUACAUGAGGAUGAUUCUCGAUAUGAAGAAAGUCAUUUCGUGUCAGAAGCAAACAUUGAAAAGGAUAUUGUUGGCUGUCAUUCAGAUAUGGAAAAAGAAGAUUUCAUUAGCCUCCCCCCUUCUCAUGAUUCUGGCUGUGCAAUUGAGAACAAUGGAGUUUGUACUUCUAGUUAUGGGCCUAGUUUAUCUGAUGCUCAACCCAGUAACUCUGCAGAUAGAGAAAUGAAGAUUAACAGUGAGAACCUGGGUGUCAAUGAUGUUGGCAUUCACCAUGAAAACCACCAUGGUAUGCUGGAAGGAAACCUUGAUACUAAUUUGAUUGACCAUCCAUCUAUCAUGCAAGUGAGUGGUGAAUUGGGUGAUACUGUGGAGUUGAAUAGCUUCAGCUCUAAAGUGCAUGCUGAGAAUGGUUGCCUUGCCGUUCGAGAUGGGAUUCCUGUUGGAAGCCACAAGAUGGAUGGUAGUUCUAUAUCAGGUGUUAAGAGAGCCCGGAUGACAUUUGAUGAACAGCUACCUUCAGUGCGUGUCAUGUAUAAUUCCUUAACGAGGGCUAGUAUACAGAAGCUCGAGGUACUAUUACAGCAGUGGUCACAAUGGCACGCUCAACAUGGUUCUUCAUCCCAAGAUCCUGAUGAAGUGUUAGAAUCUGGUGAAGAAAUGUUCUUUCCUGCUCUACAUGUUGGCGUGGAGAAGAACUCUGCUGUGUCCUUCUGGAUGGACAACCAAACAAGGAAGCAACAGAACAAGGAGUUCAUUCCUUUGGAUAGUAACUCUGUGCCUCUUUACGAUCGUGGAUAUGCAUUAGGUUUGACUUCAGCUGAAGGUUCAAAUAACGUGGAGGAAGGCUUGGGGAUAAUCGAUAAUGCAAGUCGUUGUUUCAAUUGUGGAUCUUAUAAUCAUUCUUUGAAAGAAUGCCCAAAGCCCCGUGACAAUGUUGCUGUCAAUAAUGCUCGCAAACAGCAUAAGUCUAAACGCAAUCAAAAUGCCGGUUCACGCAAUCCAACUCGAUAUUAUCAGAAUACUCCUGGUGGAAAGUAUGAUGGUUUAAAGCCGGGUACUCUUGAUGUUGAAACACAGCAACUUUUGGGCCUUGGGGAACUCGACCCACCCCCUUGGCUUCACAGAAUGCGGGAAAUAGGAUACCCACCAGGAUACCUUGAUCCAGAUAUCGAGGAUCAGUCAUCUGGGAUUACAAUAUAUGCUGAUGAGGAAAUUAAGGAAGAACAGGAAGAUGGGGAAAUUGUUGAAAGAGACUGCCCUGAACCACAGAGGAAAAUGACGGUCAAGUUUCCUGGAUUAAAUGCCCCAAUUCCAGAAAAUGCUGAUGAAAGACUUUGGGCAGCUGGGCCAUCAAGUUCAGAUUUUUCCAGGAACAGAUUGCACCGCAGAUUAAACCAUAAUUCAGAACCAGUCAGCAGAGGUCAUCAUCGCGAGCAAAGGUGGUCCAGGGAUCUUGGAGAUGAUGGGCCUCCUGGCUGUGAACCAGGACUUAGCCCCUCUCUGUCUAGUUUUCAUCCGAGGUAUGUUGGUUAUGAUUCUAGUCAUGAUUCUCAGAGUCCAAGAAGUAACAUGCCGAGACCCAGAAGCCCUAGCUUUGGACGGUCCCUUUCAAACAGAGAUAGACGCAGCCCUUUCUUUGAUGGUCCCGUAAAUUAUGAUUCUUUACGACACGAUUAUGGCUCGGGCAGAUAUGAAAAUUGGACUGAUGAAAGCAGGAAUGACUACGGCCGGGAUUUUUCACCUCAUAGUAAGGAUACACAAAACAGGCAUUACCAUCGCAGUAGAAGGUAAAACUAAAUUGAUUGAAUUGUAGAGGCAAUUUGUGAACUUUCCCUGACAUUCAUAGCAGGGGAGUGAGUGUACAAAAUUUAGAUGGAUCUCUGUUACGGUGUAGUAGUAUGUGAUUCUCCAAUUUUUAGACAUGUCCAUUUGUUUUCAGUUUGAACAUAGCGGUCCUUUGUGGUCAAGAUGUUAAAAUGCUUAGUUGAUGGGUUUGGGAUUUCUAUGGAACUGGAAUUUGUUUGGGAUA